AUGGCGUUGCUAAGAUCAGGAAAGCCUAGGAAGUUGAGGAUGCCAAUCAUCGUCCCUGAUGAAAUGGUGUAUGGGACAAUCUCUGCCACCGAUGAGAAAAAGUUGGAUGUUGAAUAUCUUCUGGAUCUGGUCGAAAACAUCCUGCUUACUGCCACUCAUGACGUCCAGCGUGGGACACCUGAGCAGAACACGGAAUUCAGGCGUCCUGAUUCCAGUUUCAAGUCACCAUCAAAUACAAUCAAGCAGAUUUCCAUCGAACUGGUGGCAAACACGGCCCAAGGUGAUAAAGUAAAAGUUGAGAAAACGGCGGUGACAAUCCUGAACUUGCUAUCAAGCUAUUCGUUGGAUGCAAAGCUAGCGCUGAGCCUUGCCGCUUUAGCUAUGGAGAUUGGGGAAUUCUGGCGACUCAAGAAGGACUUGACCGAUCAGUCACCCUUACCAAAAGAAUUCUGCUUGUCAAUGGCAAUCUUGAAGUUCGAAUCAACCGAUAUCGUAGACCAGAAAGACGACCAGCAGCAAAAGCCAAUUGUUGAGCUUAACAAUCUCAUCAUGCUCAUUUUGGAAGUUACCAAAUCCAUCUUUGAGCUGGAGAAGCUACGUACCCAAUAUACGAGUGCAGAUGUACCAGGACUCUUAACAACUAUCCGAAAACAUGUGUAUGGGACAAUCACAAGUAUUGUGGCUUGUGCAGCUCAGAUUGCCUAUUUUAAAAGCCAUGAGGGGCAAACACAAGAUCUAACGAAAUGGAUUGAGUAUCUCGCAUCUGUCCAUGAAGAUCUUGAAAAGCAUAUACGAAUUAGCGAGCAGCAGAUGGACAUUUUAAAGCUGCUGAUUUCUACCGAGAAUGAUACACAUUUACUCCAUAUUAAUGAUGGUUCCACUACUGCAGGUGUGAGCAUCGACGUCCUUUCUAUGAAAGAUGUUCUCUUGAUAAUUUCAUGUUUAGACAUUUCGGACAUCGAUAUUAUGAAUCUCCAAAAGAUUUAUGAAGGAAUAAAAGGCUACAAGCAUUACAAGAUGGUAUGGAUCCCAAUUGUGGAGGAAUGGACUCUUGCGCAACUCCAACUAUUUAUGAAACUUCGAGAUCAAAUGCCAUGGUAUGUUGUACAAAUGGUCUCAACCAUUGCAGGCAUCAAGUUCAUCAAAGAGGAGUGGCACUUUAAUGGUAACCCUAUCGUCGUGUUACUAAACCAACAAGGUGAGGUCGAAAACCCUAAUGCACUGCCAUUGAUCCGGGUAUCGGGAAUGGAGGCCUUUCCCUUCACUAAGAUGGCUGAAGAUGCCAUACCUCAUUUGGAGAACUGGCUACAUCUUGUAGCCAAACACAUUCAUCCAAGCAUGCAAUCAUGGAUGGAAGAGGAAAAGUACAUUUUCUUCUACGGUGGAACCGACCAACACUGGAUUAAAAAGUUCCAAAGCCACAUAAAAAAUGUUGACCUUGGAAAAUUUUUGAAAGAUGGAGAAAAGGAAGGAAGCACCGGCAUAGAGUCGGUAGAAAUUGGAACGAAUGAGAUGGGGUUUUGGAGCAUCAUAGAAAGUCUGUACUUGAUCAAGGUUCAUCAGGAGGAGGUCAAGGGUGGUCGUGGUGGUGAUGAGACACUACAAAUACUCCAAAAGCUACUUUCCAAUAAAAUAGAGACCAAUGGAUGGGGUAUUCUUGUUAAAGGUUCAAAUGUGAUAAUUGCUGAUCAGGGUUCCAAUAUCUCAAAGGCCUUGAAGAAGCUGGUCAUUAAACUUCAGAGCGAGGAGGAAAAUAAUUUUCAUGAGGAAAAAUUUGAAACUAUAUUCCAGGAGUACCACAAACAAGUGGCUGACAUGUUUAGCCACUCUUGCCAGAUUAAUAUUCCAAGCGCAGCUGCAAAUAUUAUUCCAAAGACCAUGAAAUGCCUUGAAUGUGGUCAAGUAAUGGACACAUUCAUCAGUUUUCGUUGCACCAAAAGUUCGACCACCAACCAACAAAAUUCAUCUGCCAACAAUUUUAAGAUCAAACCAAGGGGCUUUUAUCCUUGUUACCCUCCUUACCCUCCUUAUCCUCCUUAUCCUCCUUAUCCUGCUUAUCCUCGUUAUCCUCGUUAUCCUUGA